CGUUUGACUUUUGCAGCAGAUCUAUCUAUUGACAUUCCACCUCUGAAGGUCGGGGACUUAGCAAAGGCCAGCGGACAAAGCGAAGACAGACAGAAUGGCAGAUACAGCUCCGCAAGGACUCUUGGUCACUGCUGGCAAGGUUCACGUCCCGUUCAAGACGGAGCUAUUGAACACCCUGGCCUCCCCGAGAUUCAGUACAAAGCCUCCUCAUCUGGUAGGUAUCCUCGCUACGAGGAAAGAAGAUGCGAGGACAUACGCGGAGUUCACGAAACGCUCGUGUGAGCAGGUUGGAAUCACUUUUGAGCUUCGACUCGUUGGUGAAGCUAGGGAAGGAAUGGACCACGGAGGUGUCGGUAUAGAUGUGGAGGAGGCUAUCCUGGAGGCCAACAACGACCGGGAAGUGGACGGGAUCAUGGUCUACUACCCCAUCUACGGUGGUCGACAAGAUCAAUACCUCCAAUCCGUCCUCUCGCCUCUCAAAGACGUUGAAGGUUUGAAUCAUCAAUUCCUGUUCAACCUGUAUCACAAUAUCCGUUUCAUACAUCCCUUGACCCUCCGAGCGCCAUCCUCCGCCUCCACAUUACCCCUGGCAUCUCCUGCAAGUGGCAUUGAGCGAGCUCCAGAAGGUACUGUCAAGUCAGUUCUGCCAUGCACACCUCUUGCAAUUGUCAAAGUGCUGGAACAUAUCGGGGUAUACAACCGGAUGUUAGAAUACGGUGAUAGGGCUCGUGGCAAAGUCAUCACUGUGAUCAAUCGUUCCGAAGUUGUCGGGAGACCGCUAGCUGCUUUACUGGCGAAUGACGGGGCGCGAGUGCUCUCCGUGGAUAUUGAUUCCAUUGUGGAAUUCUCAAAACGCCCGUCUUCAUCUACCCAAUCUUCUCAGUUCAAUGCUCAUCAUAUAGUCUCAACUCUGCCUGAUGAUUUCAAACUUGCGAAUGCGCUGGCGAUUUCGGACGUGGUCAUUUCUGCUGUCCCAGUGCAAUCCUACAAGGUUCCAACGAAAGAUUUGAAGGAUGGAUGCAUCUGCGUCAAUGUGGCUGGAGAGAAGAACUUCGAAAAGGAUGUCAGGGAACGGGCAUCCAUCUACGUGCCCAGUGUGGGUGUCAUGACGAUUGCCAUGCUGCAGCGCAACCUGUUACGACUAUGCGAGUACCAGGACGAGGCUAAAAGGCUUGGAGCUUGAUCGAGCGUUGAGAAAGUAUUUCCUUUUUGGUGUAGAAUUCAUCCCAUAGAUGGCCCUGCUUCGCUUUCUGGACGACCUGCUGCGUUGAAUUUGACUUCAAUUCUUUGACAUUCAGCAUCUAUCUAUCAUCAGGCUACGUCCACCGCCGACUGUGCUCGCUGCUGCCGUCCUGCCGCUCCGUCUGUCAUUAUCCAUCCGUCAAAGUAAAGCGAUUUCGGGUGGGGAAGGGUAUGUGAUAAGAAUGAUCGUGUGUAUGAGAAUUUUAGACACGGGGAGUGCCGAGAAUAGUGAGAGAGGCAAAGAUUUCGUAGAAAGAAUAAGGUCAUGUCUUGCGGUCAUCAAGGAUUCAAAUCGCAUCUGAACGCUUAAAGAGUCUUUUCGUCUGUAAAGCUUGUGUCAGCUGGGAGCUGUAUUUUUUCGCUGUCAGCUGA